GAAGAAAGUGCUCUGUUUCCAGUGGUGUUUAAUCUGGCAACACGUUCUAGAAUAACAUCCAAUGCUACAUGUGGAGAGAAUGAACCAGAAGUCUUCUGUAAAUUAGUGGAACAUGUCCGUAUAUUCCCUGCCGAGAACCGUCAUUGUGAUAUCUGUGAUAUAAGAGGUUCCAACAGGAAACAGUCUCAUCCUAUCACCAAUGCAAUUGAUGGUAGGAACUCCUGGUGGCAGAGCCCAACUAUUUCCAAUGGACGUCUGAUGAACUAUGUACAGAUUGAUCUAGAUUUAGGACAGGUAGUAAAUUGUAUUUUCUUCUUAAUUAUCAUUCUUGCUUACUUUUUACUAUUGUAA